UCGGUUGGCACGUUUAUGGGAUUUUUGCUUCAGAUUUGUACUUUUGCAGCAGCAACAGAAAUUUGCACAAAAAACGUCUGCGUUUUUCUUCUACGUGCAACACUCGACAACUAAUACAGAGCUUUCUGUACUGGUUUUCUGCUAAAUUACGUGGUUUUAUGUUGAUUGUUGACAGCAUAGUUUAUCAAAUUUGGCACGGUGACUUUGCUGUUUGUGUGAGUGUCAAUCGUAAUUGCAUAACUUUCGGCUACUUUUUUCUUAAUAAUUGACGUUUUUUGACUGUAAGGUGUUUGAAUUUUGUAUAGCAUGCAAAUUAUUCCAAUCUGAAAAUGUGCGAUGGAUGUUUUAAACUAAUAACGAUUUCCCUUUUCUAAGUUAAACUAAACUUAUUUAUAUACAUACACUGUGUAAUCCCAACUGUUUGGAUUUCCUGAAGCCAUAUAAAAGUGUCAGUCACUUUGAUGACAUGAUCAUUGUGGAAAACCUUUGAUUUUAUUUGCAUAGCAUUUUAUUUAUGGGAUUGAGGAAUUUGCUGCGACUUGUCUGAUGAUGGUCUAUACUCGUGCAUAUUCAUAACUGCAUUUUUUGCGAAUGAAAUAAAGGUCAUUCAAAUUUGUCAUUAGUUACACAGCUUUUAUUUGUUAAAAGAUUUUAAAAUGCAACUUUGAAUGCAGGGUGUAUGAAAAUUGUUGGGCAUAUUUCCUGCAAAGAAUGUAACGUUGAUUAUCAUGAGUAUCUACAUAUGGGGAUAAUUACUUUGCCCUUUCGAUUUGUACGAAAAAUAAUUCUUGCAUCGAUUGGAUUUUUUAUCGGAAUAAUUUGCAGCCUCCUAUUUUAUGAAUUUAUAAUUUGUGAAGCUGAAUUUGAUGAGCACAACAAGACAAUAUUGUUCAUGGGCACUGCUAUAUUCUUGUCUGUGGGAUUCGCAUUUUCCAGACAGGUAAGGUGCAUAACAGUGCUGACCAUCCCAGAGUUUACGACACGAGCAGGAAGAAGAACAGUCCAAGCUACGAUUCUGAUUCUCUUAAUAUCGGGCCCCAUGCGAAAUAUUGCAGACAACGGGGAAGAGACGGUCCGAUUUUUGAAAUGCAUCAAGGAUAUGUUGCUGGAUAUUCUAAUUGCUGGGAAAGAUCUAGUUUUUGCACCCAUUCAACACAUUCUUUUUGAUUUGAGGACUUCUGGAGUUCAAGAAUCUGCCGAGUCAAAGUACAACAUGAGCGUGCUGCAGGAGUUAAUGGCUCCAAUCGUCGUAGAGGUGGAGGGUGACCAAGAAAGGUUCCAAAUCAAAGAUGAAAAUAAUGACAUGGACGAAGCCAUGGGCCUGCCUCCCAGAUCCGAAGAAGUUGAGGUGCACUACAAAUUCCUGUCCUCUGAUACUGCUGAUGACAAGAUUGAAAAAUCCUAUCGAAAAAAGUUGGCUUAUAGAUGUGAAGAGGUAUUUAGUAAGGGCACCAUGAAAUGCGUAGAAUUGUUUAAUGGAAAGUACGAGGACUGCAAUGAAGCUGUGACCAAAGUCUUAGGCUGGGCACUUUGUUGGCCUAUGAAGCUUACGUUCAUCUGCGACAUUCUUACAAUGUUCGCCCAGGACAAAGUGUGCGAAAUGAGUGAUGUGAUAGAGGCUGGAUUCGGAGAAACCUAUUCCGUUGCAAUAAAAGGAAUCGAGGACUUUAGCAAAAGUUUCAACGUGCGGGUGAACUAUCAAGGGCUGUCCGAAAUGAUAAAUUUGAGCGGUUUAAAAUCAGCAAGAGAUGAGCUGCUUGAGCACUUUUUGGGCGGAAGGAAGUACGUAGAGUGGUACUUAUCCCUCGUUAAGCGUGCCCUCGCCCUCUCCUAUCUGGUUGUCGUGUACGGGGCUCUAGAGUAUCACGUUCAGUACUGUCGCAGUCUAUCGGCAGAUAACGUGUAUGUCACAGCCUACUUCAGGGAAAUUGAUGAGCGAAGACGUGGACAAUCUGGGAAAGAGACGCUGCUCCCUCUGAAAAGUUUUGAGAGGCCUAAUUUCUCGAGAUUAAACCGAAUCAAGCUCACCGAAAAGGAGUGGAAAAAGUUUGGAGACCAAUUAUUUGCACUUCUCAUCCAAGCAGGGGUUGUCUUCUCAGUGUUUGGUUUCGACUUUUUAUACACUGAACUUCUCCAACUCGUGCAAAAUCAUGCAGACAUGCACAUUCGCCAAAUUGGACACCAUGUGCUGGAGAUUCAAGUUGUUGGGGAAGGAUUACUGGCUCAACUUUUGAGAGUUGUUAUCAAGGACUUCAGUAUCAACGAGAAGAUCGAUAUCUCACACUUUAGCAAACCCUGCCUCCCAGUACCAAGAGUGACUCCAAAGUCCUACUUCCAACGUGUGGUCGUCCUAUUUCUCGUCCUUUUCACCAACGCCUAUUUCGAGGCUCACUGCAUACGAUUUCGACAUGGUGUAACAAACUACUUCUAUCCCAAAAGAUCGAGGAAGCGAGCGAUUUGGCUGUACAAUGAAACUCUGAGGAGGCGAAAGUCGAAAGAGAGCUUUUUCAAAACGUGUGCACUGGAAAAUGCAGACAAGUUUCGAACGCAUGUGUCGAGAAACCCACUGGUUUGGUUAGCAGACUCUUUUCCCAACCAGUGUCGCUGUUUGAAAUGGUGGAAGCUUGGGAGGAGAAAAUGCGUCGUUUGCACAGAAAACGGAGAAGUAUUCCGAUGUCCGCAAUGUAACUUUUCCUACUGCCAAGAGUGCUACCAGGACCUCGUCAUCAACCAAGGAUGCCUCUACUGUGCGGCGGCUGAAGAAAUUAAGGACAGACGUCUCGAAUUGUUAUCCGUCUACAACAAAGAAGACGAAAUUGUGUGAAAUCCCAAUUCCACUUU